UGGUUUGGUCAUGAUACAAACAAGCCGCUAGAGAGAAGAAACGGCCGAAGACGACGAAAGCCCAUUAAUGAUCAGAUCGCCCAUACUUAACUAAUAUUCCUGAAUGCCUCAUUUUUUAAAAAUCAUUUCCACGCUCAUUUUGGACUGUCAAGGUUACUUUGCGCAUGAUCUGGUUUAAACUAGUCUACUAAGCUUGCCAAAUAGCUAACCCUAGAAUAGGAAACGCACAGCUGGCGUUUGAAGCACACCGAAGCCCCAUUCGUUAGCCAGCCCAGAGCUGCAUUCCUGAGACAACGCAACAAUGGCAGUCCAAAAAACUUUGGACCCAUGAACCGAAAUCGAGAUAAUGUCCAAGAGGCCCCACAAAAGAGGCUGCGGUUUGUUAAGCACCUGUAGGCGUGUCCAUUGUUUGCAUUGAAAUCACAAACUUAAACUUGCUUGUAAGAAUUCCAUUACCACCAUUUACCCCCUGGCAAAGAGUUUUUAUCACAGCUCAGUGAAGCUGAGUAAACGAGUACGUAUCCAUAAAAGCCAUUUAUGAGAAGUGGCUAGCGCCUUGCGUCCUGCCGGCCUACUGUAGUCUUUCUCACUAUUGGUCCAGUGAAGAGCCUUUCUUUUUAUUUGUUAACUUAUCAGUCUGCCACUCAUCACCUGUUGAGUAAGCACAAAUGCAUUUUGGGUAAUGAGCUCUGCCCUUUCUCUCUUAAGCUCCCCCGGUACCCAGCCUGGCGCGCAGCUGCUCACACGUCACUCUGAGUCAAGUGGAGGCGUGACAUGGAGAGCUCUGUGUGCGUGUAUUUGCCAUGAGAGCUGAGUCACACGCUGUCUUGGACCUGUCUGCUGAAAGCGAAUUUCCCAGCGCUGGUGCUUAAAGCUUCUCCGGCAGGCAGGACUGCUUAGGCGGGCGCGUUGUCUGGUUCAGUGUGCACCUUGUUUGCUCUGUAUUAAAGGACAGUACUGCAAAGGAACCUACAAAGUUUGAAAUGUGAAACACAACAAAUGGCGUCUGGGCAGGCUGUAGACUUGGAAGGGUUCACCAUGACGGACAGUAUCAUGAGCAAAGCAGCCACGAUGGAGAUCCCCAUCAACAGUAACGGAGACACGAGGGUUCUUGGUGAGGACGACGGCCUCGAGCAGGCUCCAAACGCACAGUGGAGUUUACACGGGAGGGUGGGCCACCCCGGCCACAGGGACUUGCAGCAGGUAAUGGUAUCUGGGCCCAACCUUAACGAGACCAGCAUCGUAUCGGGAGGUUAUGGUGGCACAGCAGAAGGUAUCAUCCCUACCAGCUCCAUCAAAGGGCCCGCUAUUCACCUCAACACUCACUUUCUGGGCAACAGACGAAUCCCAGUCGAUGGACAAGACCUACGAACGAAGUGCAGGGGCAUUAACGUUGCCCCGAGCCAGUCUGCGGCCAGCCGGAUAGCCAACCAAUCAGACGACUUCCCCGGUAUCCCAGGUCCCAGCCUGCACAGCGGGAGCUCUCCCACUGUGGCAGAGGAGGCCACGAGAGGCGUUGCCGUGGAGAAGUUUGACAUGAUGAAGAAAUGGAGCCUGAACACCUAUAAGUGCACGAAGCAGCUGAUCUCAGAGCGGUUCGGCCGCGGCUCGCGCACCGUGGAUCUGGAGCUGGAGGCCCAGAUCGAGGUGCUGCGUGACACCAAGCGCAAGUAUGAGACCGUGCUGCGGCUGGCCCGCGCGCUCACUAACCACUUUUACAGCAUGGUGCAGACGCAGCACGCGCUCGGCGACACCUUCGCCGACCUCAGCCAGAAGUCUCCCGAACUGCGGGACGAAUUUGGCUACAACGCAGAAACCCAGAAGCUGCUGUGUAAGAAUGGGGAGACGCUGCUGGGUGCCAUCAACUUCUUCGUGUCCAGCAUCAACACGCUUGUUAACAAGACUAUGGAAGACACGCUCAUGACCAUCAAGAUGUACGAGAACGCAAGGCUGGAGUUUGACGCCUACAGAGCUGACCUGGAGGAGCUGAACCUUGGCCCGCGGGACGCCGUCACCAUGGCUCGCAUCGAGACGGCCCAACAGCAGUACCAGAUCCACAAGGACAAAUACGAGCGACUGCGCAGUGACGUCAUCAUCAAGCUCAAGUUCUUGGAGGAGAACAAGGUGAAGGUGAUGCACAAGCAGCUUCUCCUUUUCCACAAUGCCAUCUCCGCCUACUUCGCCGGGAACCAGCAGCAACUGGAACAGACCCUGAAGCAGUUCAACAUAAAGCUCAAGCCGCCCGGAGCCGACAAGCCGUCCUGGCUGGAGGAGCAGUGAAAGUGCGGAAAAUCGAGCCCCCUCCCCCCGAUCCGUCAUCCAGACAGAGCACGCAGCCGGCCGCGUUCCCGUGCGUUCGGAUACGGGCCGCCGCCUCUGCCUUUUCCGACCUGUGCUCCGUUCCUCUUCCUCCUCGCUCCCUCCCACCGUGUCUCCAUCUCUCUCCCUCUCUCUGCACUAAAACUGUUUGGUCAUGAGAUGUUGCGUCACUCGUGUCUAACUCAUUCCAACGGUUGUUGCGUUUUUUGGUUCAAACACUCGCCAACCCGCAGGUCGGCGCACGCCGGCCUGGUGCCCUGGGGAAAUUACCCGUGGGCGUCAAUCAGAACUCCUGAGCACCGGACCUUCGUCUCUCUGCCACUAAUGAGAAAGCUUGCCACGUUUCCCCUUUUAUCCGUGUGCGAUGUUCAGCUUGCAGACCUGGACUUGUAGAUAAUGAGCGACAACCCAGCAACUGAACACCCCUGUUCCAGAACUUUCAAAGAAUACAUUUAUAGGUGCGUCCUAAAUGACAAUAGAUCUGAUAUGAUUUAUUUUGCUAAGUGUCCAGAAGAAAUAUAAAAAAUUCAUAAAUUUUCCUUGUUACGAACAUCCGAGUUAUCACGAUACAGAGGAGAUUGUUCUUAACCGUCAUUUUAUUUGGUCACAUUGGUACAAAAACACUACAACUAUGUGCUUCUUCGUUGCGGGAUUCCGUAAAGUAUACACAGUCAGUCUCCGGAAACAUUUUCAUUUGUGAACUUCUGCCACAAUGCUUUACGUAAACGUUUGCGGGUGGAGCCGCGCACCCGUGUGCUGGUUCGUCGUCUCGUGGAGUGAACCUGUGCUCCUCCUGUUCCUGUCCCGUCGCAGCUCACGGAGCCUCAGAAUGGUGAAGAACCUCGAGGACGAAAAGGUCCAUUUUAUGCCAGCUGGUGUAAUCCCUGCAUUUGAGAUUUGCUCUGCAGCAAUUCAGAUGAAAUAUUGUCGAUUUGAAGUUUGGCAUCAACAGUAUUGUAUACUGUACUGUUUGCCUUGGGAUUAAGGUUGUUCUAAUGCCAUUUCCAAUUGUGUCCAAUGAAUUCAAUGCCUGUUUGUUUUUUUGUUUGUUUUAUUGUGGGGUUUUUUUUGUUUUGUUUUGUGGGGUUUUUUGUUUUUUGUUUAUUUUGUUUUUAAGGAAAAGAUACAAAGAGAGGGAGUAUAGCUGUGUGUUCAGCUCCAGGGGUUCGAAUGCAAUAUUUGCAAUGUUUGAAAGAUGAGUGAACAUUACGAGCUGUAUUGCCAAAACAGCUGCCCAUCCGAGGAUUGUGCUGAAUUAUUGUGCUAUGUACCAAUUUCUGUCACUUUUGCUUGUGUAUCUGUUGUUUUAAGUUACCAAAUCAGAGGUUAAUCCAAGAAAUGAGAUGUGCAUUUGUCAGUAUGAUUUUUUUUUUUCAUGUGCUUCAUUAGUUGUGAGCAGAAGUUGAGCUCCACUGUUCACCUGUACUCACUAACCUACACCAGCGUGUGUGUGCUUCCAACAAUUCAUGCGGAAGAAGUGAUCACUCCCCUCUUUUUUUUAAACUUGCUUUUGAUUUCAUUUCAUAAUUAUAAUGGAAUUAUAAUUCUAAUUUAUAAUAUAGUUUAUAAUACUGCAGCUAUUUAUUACAAAGGCCCCUCACAGUCAGAACUGUUUAUUUCCUUUUUCUGUAAGUAAGACCUUCUUGCUUCCUAAAUUAUAAAAUUAUUGUAUGCUAACAUAAAGGGAUAUACAUUCUGAGCAGUUAAACUGUUGUACUUUUCUCCAUUUUCAUUCAUGUGUAAAAAAAAAAAAAAAAGUAUGAGAACUGGUUAAAGACAAUACAAAGCAUAUUCGCACAGUAGAUCACAAGUGGCUAUGGCUAAUGGAGUGUGUUAGCCUUCAUUCAGAAAUGAGCUACAUACAAUCUAACUGAAGUACAACACACAGGUGACCUUUUGAACACUACACAAUAGGUCUGAACCCACACAGAAGCAAUACUGAAGGUGUUCGCAGGAACACUGGAUUUUAAUAUUGGCUGUACUGGCUAUGUCUGCCAAUGGGUUUUCUGUGGCUUUUUCCGGUUUAAAGCGGUCCACAGACCUCCACCAUUUACUCUGUUGCAUUGUCGUUCACUCGUGUGAAAAGUAAUGCACACUGUUGGCGAUUAAAGAGGAACACUUUCAUCUGAAA